UGGGCGCAAGGCGCGGAGAACACACGGGAGCCCGCCAUCUCCUGCGGCAUCCUUCACUGCUGCAGUCACCCUUCCUGGCUGGAGAGGAAAGCACUGUCGAGAGGCACACGGUGUCCCAGAAUCCAUGGUUACAGUUAGAGUGUUUCUGCCAAGCCCCGGUGAGAGUCUUGUGAUUGGAGAAGAAAGCCCAGGCCGGGUUUCAGAGACUGCGGAAAAAAGAUCUCAUACUGGAUAGCAUUGACUUUUUGUCACCUUAAUCCCUGAGCCAUGUCUCCUCCCACUGUGCCUCCAAUGGGGGUAGACGGCGUGUCUGCAUACCUGAUGAAGAAAAGGCACACUCACAGGAAGCAGCGGCGCAAACCCACUUUCCUCACUCGUAGGAACAUUGUGGGCUGCCGCAUUCAACACGGCUGGAAGGAAGGCAACGAGCCCGUGGAGCAGUGGAAGGGCACUGUGCUAGAGCAGGUUUCAGUGAAGCCUACUCUUUACAUCAUUAAAUAUGACGACAAAGAUAGCGUGUAUGGACUAGAACUGCACCGAGAUAAGAGAGUUUUAGCGCUAGAAAUCCUUCCUGAGAGAGUGCCAACUCCUCGCAUCGAUACACGCCUGGCAGAUUCUCUGAUUGGUAAGGCAGUAGGGCAUGUAUUUGAAAGUGAGCACGGUACGAAGGAUGAAUGGAAGGGUAUGGUUCUGGCGCGAGCCCCUGUGAUGGAUACUUGGUUUUACAUCACCUAUGAGAAAGAUCCUGUUCUCUAUAUGUACACGCUGCUGGAUGACUACAAAGAUGGUGACCUGCGUAUCAUUCCAGAUUCCAAUUAUUAUUUUCCUACCGCAGAACGUGAACCUGGAGAGGUGGUCGACAGCCUUGUGGGCAAGCAGGUGGAGCACGCCAAAGAUGACGGGUCCAAGAGAACCGGCAUUUUCAUACAUCAAGUGGUGGCCAAGCCCUCUGUUUACUUCAUUAAGUUUGAUGAUGAUAUUAACAUUUACGUCUAUGGUUUGGUAAAAACUCCCUAA